AUGAAACAAAUUAACUCAUCUAUAUUUGAAAAAUACCCGACUAGAAAUACAACUCUUUGGAAGAAAGGAUUACCUACAAUCCUUUAAAUUGAUAGAGAACUAAGAUAAAAUUCAAAAGAAAUUCCCAUUUAAGUUAGAGACGAAAAGGACAAUCUAGUCUACAGAAAUUGCUAUCAUAUGAUUAAUUCAUAUCUCAUAUCAAAUAGUUGCCACAUAAACUUCAAUAAUUUGAACUUGAAAUCUGUUAUUUACAAAAAUGUAUUUAUAGCAUUAAUAUACUAGUUAGAAGGAUUGUAAAUAUCAGGAAAAAAAGAGUGUUUAUAAAUAUUUGGAAAUCCAGAUGUAAUCUCCAAAUGGAAAAAUUAUAUGUCUAAAUAUACAAUAUAAAGAAAUUUCUAUAAAAAAUAUUAAGUACUAAAGAUGAUAGGGAAGGGAUCUCAUGCAAAAGUGUAUAAAGUUGAACGCAUUCAAGAUUCAUCCAUUUUUGCUGUCAAAAUUUUUAAAUCAGAAAAAUUAACUAACAAAGAAAAAGGACUAGUAUUUUAUUUAAUAUACAUAUUUAUAGGAUAGUUUAAUGAAAGAGAUAGACAUAAUGAGAAAAUUAGACCAUAAGAAUGUGCUACAAUUACAUGAAGUAUUUGAAGAUGAUAAUAAUGUUUAUUUGGUUGUAGAUUAUUUACAAGGUGGAGAAUUACUUAAAUAAAUUGAAAACUCAUAAAAUGGGUAUACAGAACAUUUAGUAUAGAAUUUAAUGUAAAAUUUAUUGUCAUCAUUAAAUUAUUUACAUUAAAAAUAAAUAAUACAUAGAGACAUUAAACCAGAAAAUUUAAUACUUAAAUAAAAGGAUUGUCUAACUGAUUUAGUUAUUGCUGAUUUUGGUCUCUCAGAUAUUUACAAUGAAUAAGGAAUUUAUUUGUUUUAAAGGUGUGGUACAGUUGGAUAUGUUGCACCUGAAGUUUUAAGAGAUCAAUUUUAUGAUUAUAAAGUUGAUAUGUUCUCUGUAGGUGUUAUUUUAUUUAUUUUAUUAACUGGAGAAAUGCCUUUCUAAGACAAUAGUGAUACAGAUGACUUAUUAAAAUAAAAUGCAUAUUGCCAAAUUGAUUUCAAUAAGCUCAACAACAAAUCAAUUAGUCCAGCUGCAUAAGACUUUGUUCGAUUAUUAUUAGAUGAGAAUGUUAAUAUUAGACCAAGUGCAUAAUAGGCACUUCAACAUGACUGGUUUAUAAAUCCUAAGACAAACAUUGCUGUGAGUUUAUCAUUUACUAAAUUACCUGUAUUCUAAAUAAGAUUGGAUUAGGAAGGUUUUAUUAAAAGUUCUACUCCUCUUUGGAAUUAAAAGGGAUCUCCUUUAAGUGAAUAAUCACCCCUUUAACAAUAUCAACAAGGAGAUGUUCUUGAAUUAGAAGAUGAAGCUAAUUAUUUUAAGUAAUUUAUUUCACCUGGAUAUGAUUAAUAUGAAAUAAUUGAGGAUUGUAUUGAUGAAGAAAAAACCCCAUCUGAAAUGGUACCUAAAUAUAGAUUGCUUGUUAAAUAAAGGAGUCUUAAAUGA